AUGAGUUCUGCACCUCCACUCGGACACGGUAAGGGGCAAUACAUCAACAGACCUCCACUAUUUAAUGGACAAUACUACUCGUGGUGGAAGGCAAGGAUGGAAGACUUCAUUCAAGCUGAAGACUACGAAUUAUGGGUAAGAAUUACCAAGGGACCACUAAUUCCUACCACCACUGAUAGUGAAGGAAAUAAAAUACCUAAACCCGCAGAUACAUAUAAUGAAGCAGAUUAUAAGAUGCUAGGAAAAAAUGCAAAGGCUAAGUGUAUUCUUGUGUGUGGAUUAGGACCAGAUGAAUUUAACCGUAUCUCAAGUUGUACCUCUGCUAAACAAAUAUGGGAUACUUUACAAAACGCUCAUGAAGGUACAACUCAAGUCCGAAAAUUCAGGAUUGCUAGUUUGUGUUCAGAAUAUGAAGCCUUUAAGAUGAAAUGCGGAGAAUCUCUUCAAGAUAUGAUCACCAGAUUCACCACUAUGGUAAACGAACUAAUCUCAUUAGGCAAAGUGUAUACCACUGAGGAACAGGUUGACAAAGUACUUAGGAUUUUGCCUAGGUCUUGGGAAAUCAAAGUCACUGCCAUUAGAGAAGCUAAGGACCUAACUACUAUGUCUUUGGAUGAAUUAGUUGGAAAUCUCAAGACCUAUGAGAUGAAUGUAGACAAAAGAGGUGAAGGGAAUAAAGAAAAAGUUCUUGGUCUUAAAGCAACUAAAAGUGAUGAAUCAGACAUAGAUGACGAUGAUCUAGCUUUGAUAAGUAGGAAUUUCAAGAAACUCUUUAAAAGGGGAUUAAACUCUACCAAAAAAUCACCACCCUUGAAAGAAAAAAAUUCUGAACGAUCACAAAAUGGAGGUUGUUUUAAGUGUGCCUGGGGAACAGGUUCCUCGGACAUGUAUGAAGAUAUUGAAGACCUUGCCUUGAUGGCGAUAGAAGAAUCAAACGCUGAACUUGAAUCAGAUUCUGAAGAAACUGAGGAAGAAGUGAGAGAAAGCAAGCAGCAGUGGUACAUGGACAGUGCUUGCUCAAGACACAUGACAGGGAAUAAGACAUUGUUUCUCUCACUAGAAGAAGGAAAAGGAGGUAUGGUUGCUUUUGGUGGUGGAAAAAAGGGGUCAAAUCAAAGGUUGUGGGAAGAUUGGAAAAACUGA